CUGCAGCUGGAGAAGGGAGGGCGGGAGAGAAGCAGUUUCUCGAAACAGCCGGCUGGUUCAUUCUCUUCUGGCUAGAGGGACACCUGUGACUGACAGGCCUUCCUUGAGAUCCAGCAGACUUUUUCCAAGACUGACUUGGAGGUCCUCGAACUUUGCUGGAGGAGAGUGAGCGAGCGCCCAACCAUGUUGCAUGCACAUCUGGAGCAGAGCAGUGCCAAGCCUCUUCCUGUAGUGAUCAUAGGAAAUGGCCCUUCGGGGAUCUGCUUAUCCUACCUACUGUCUGGUAACAUUCCCUAUGUCCGAAGGAACCCUGUUCAUCCGAAUCCCAUUCUGCAAAGGAAACUGGAAGAGACACCUGAGGUUUCCAUCUUAGACCAGGAUAUUGAGUACCUAUCUGAAGGUCUGGAAGGGCGAUCCUCCAGCCCAGUUGCUCUCCUUUUUGAUGCCCUGAUGCGUCCAGAUACUGAUUUUGGUGGGACUGCAGAUUCGGUCCUUGCUUGGUCACAUCAACCUGACAGAGCCAUUCCUCAUCUGGUUCUUGGCAAAAACCUUCCUGGAGGAGCCUGGCAUUCUAUUGAGGGAUCCAUGUUCACACUGAGCCAGGGAGACUGGAUGGGGCUUCCUGACCUGCAGUUCAAAGACUGGUUGAGUAAGAAGAAAAGGGGCUUCAGAAAUAACAGGGCGACUGCAGGAGACAUAGUCCAGUAUUAUCAGUACUAUGUGGCAAAGAAAGGGUUAAAGCAAAACUUUCGCUGUGGAACUCUUGUGACGUCUGUAAAGAAACUGAGUGUGGAUGUAGACUCCUGCUACAACAGUCAAAAUCCACAAACCAACCCCCAGGUAGACAGUGGGAGCCUCUUCCAAGUUGACGGGUUUCUCACGACGGUCAGUGGUACACAGCCCUUCUCUGUGUAUGCGGAAAAUGUGGUUUUGGCCACAGGGACAUACGACAGCCCAUCCCGCUUAGGGGUGAAAGGGGAGCACCUUCCAUUUGUCCACCACACGCUCUCCGCCCUUGAAGAAGCUGUAAAGAACAAGGAGAUUGGCAUGAUGUCCGACCCGAUCCUGAUUGUUGGCGCUGGGCUCACUGCGGCAGAUGCCAUCCUCUUUGCUCACCAUUGCAACAUCCCAGUGAUUCACGCCUUCCGCAGAAAGGUCAAUGACCCAGCCCUCAUCUUCAACCAGCUCCCUAAGACAAUGUAUCCCGAGUACCACAAAGUCCACCAGAUGAUGAAAGAGCAGGCCAUCCCUUACCCGGGGCCAUAUGAAUGCUAUGUCAGCCUUCCUGAGCACCACAUCGUCACCUUCACAGAGGACAGGAAAUGCAUCUUUUGCGAUAAGAGCGGCCGCCAGAAAAUACACAACAUCUCCAUGGCUUUUGUCCUCAUCGGCUCCAACCCUAACCUAACCUACCUGCCCAACAACGGUGUGGACUUGGCGGUGGACUGUGAGCAGCCGGUCAGCUCCAAGAGGAACCCCAUCGAUGUUGAUCCCUUUACCUACGAGUCUGUCCACGAGAAGGGACUCUAUGCCAUGGGACCAUUAGCUGGGGACAAUUUUGUGCGGUUUGUGCAAGGUGGUGCUUUGGCGGUGGCCAGCUCUCUGCUGAAGAAGGCCAACCCCAACCCCCCAUAACACUUGCGGACAUUCCCCUUAGAGAAAGACCCACAGCAGCCUUUGAGAAGAGGGGAACUGAACACAUGCAAGUCUACCAGAUAUAAAGUCUCUCCAUUGUAGCAUUUGGUAGGUCUGCUCUGAAAGGCCAGGUCGCAGAUUCAAGACAAUGUGUCUGCG